GUGGGAAAUGAAGGUAAAAAGUCGUAACAUAGUGGAAAAGCAAGUCCAGAGAAAAUUCAUAGCUUCCAAUGGUGGCUUUAAAGGGUUGAUCAGCAUGCAACAAAAAAAUGCUGCAAACAAGCAUUACCACAAGAAAACACACAGCAUUUUAGGUUUUUUACGUCACGCAACGUUUUUAGCGAUGGAUUUAGAAGAGAAAAGGCAUGUAAUG